AUGACCUCACCCUUUGGUCGAGGAAGAGGUCGUAUUCCUAAAAAUGCUUGUUAUGAGGAUUCGUCAACAUUCCCGAUGUCUACUACUAGCAGUCAUUCUUCAUUGUCAUCUCCUGUCUCUUCGAGUAAAUGUGACAUUCAGUCUGAAAGCGGCUAUUCAUCAAUAUCAACUAGUUCACAACCAUCUCCACCCACCCGACCGGUUGUUACAACUGCUCGGGGUCGUGCAGGUCGCUGGAAACGAAAUGUGGCACCCGAAGAUCCUCAUUGGACUGUGAGCGAUCUGACUGCGAUACAAUUUCAAUCUAAUACACGACCAGUGAAACCCGAUGAAUUAGGUACAAUUGGUCAACCAAUU